AUGUCCCGUAGUGACUUUUUCAAUGAGCUGACGCGCGGGGAAGGCGGCCUCAGUGCAACACCUGCGGGGGCCGGACUCCGGGCACCGUGGCGAACACACCUGCGCUGCAGGGACCCAGCGCCCCCGACCCACACUGCCAAGGACCGCCGAGCGGCAGUGGUGUCCAGAUGGGGGAAGGGGACGCGGGCGGCGGCGACACUUACCCGGCAGCGCCUUCUCCUCCGCCGGAGACAGCAGAGCCGGCGGCCCCCGGCACCAUCUUCCGCCACCGCCUCGUCCUCAGCGGCGGCUACCAACCGCCCAUUCGGCACUGCCAACCGACACAACCGCCGGUGUCCCGGGCGCCCGCCCGCCCGCCGCAGCCGCCGCCGCGGCCCCGAACUACUGGUAGAAGGGAGGGGUCAGGGCGGAAAAGGACGCAGUCAGGCCCCUCGGCUCUGGUUAGGGGACCGGGAAUCAGCGGGACCGCGGCCAGUCAGAGCCGAGGGGCCCGGACAACCGAGGACCCCGAAACAGUGCCGAGGGCUUAGCAGGGCCGCGGACACGGCCGCGGCUGGGUUUGUUAUUGUCGACUCCGACUCUUCCUCCGCGGAGCACGCCGGGAAACGGCCAGCUGCGGGGGAGGGGCGCACCGGGAGGCGUAGGUUAUCGUUUGCGCAGGACCGGAAGUCUGUAGGCUGCUGGGAAAGGGGCGGCUCCGCCUCCGGUGGUGUUGGGCUUGCCUGGCAACUUGGCUGUCCUGCCCUGACCUGGGAGGWUUUUGCUGGUGUGUGCUAGUCGCCGUCCUGGCGCGGACUUCCCCAAGGGUCUCACUAAGUUGCUUAGGGCCUUGCUAAGUUGCUGAG